AUGCCUCUGCCGAUCCUGUCCCCCAUCCCUCAGUCUCUGCUGUUUUCUUCCUCCCUCCUGCAGGGGGUGCCCGUGCUGAUUGUCGGACAUCAUAUUCUAUAUGGGAAGCAGGUCAAACUGGAGAAACCCUUCGCUGUCCUCACCAAGCAUUCAGGCCAUGCGCAGGAUAGCCUGGACAACCGUGACGACGACGAUGUCCGACAGGUACCCAUGGAAACGAACCAGCAAGGACCCACCUCCACCUCUUACUCUGUGACUGCCCUCAUCAAACGGAAGCUGAUCUUUAAGACGCGCCCUAAACCCAUCAUCACUAAUGUACCCAAGAAGGUGUAGAGUGACUGCAUUAUGGUCACAGACGGAUCCAUCUGUCUUGUGCUGGACUUUUUUUUUAUUUUAUUUUUUUUUAACAGUUAUACUUCAGUUGGUGUCAUCCAAUUCUAAUAUGACCUAGUUAGAUUAUACAUUUAUUGUACAAUUGAUCAAUCCUGUUAACCUGACGCUGAACUGAUUCCAGCGAGAGACUUUAAUGAGGCUCCCCGGAAGUACAUUUAUAGAUAAUAUUUAAAGCUCCAUGAUGGUCUGAAUGUUGUUUCAAAGGUUUUUGCACACUGACAAGAAUCCCUUUCUGGAUGCAAUACUAAAUCAUUUAAAGUAUUUUCUAUGAAAACAAAGAUUUCAGCUUCAGUCCAUAAGUAUCCAAACUAGGGACACACAGGCAACCUUAUCAUUUGUUGCGACUGGAACGGACAUUUCCACCACAUUGCACCUCAUGACAGAAGGCGUGCAUUUCCCAAAUACUGUAAAUCCACUUCAUAACCUUAGGCCAUUGCAUUCAGAUAAACUGUACACAAAA